UGUUCCCUGAAAAAGGGCAGGAUUUUCUGACAGGGUAUUUACCCAAGGCUACUGAGAAGUUGGGGGGGGCGAAAGAAAGUAACAAACCCGGUGGAUUUUGCAUAACUUUUACCCCCCCACCCCGUUCUCUCUCUCUCUUUCCUUCAUUCUUUCGUUUCUUAGUUUUUUCCCCUUUCCCCAGACAUAUGGAAUCGAUUUUGAAUCCUGACACUGAAGGCUGGCCAAUUCCUACUGGCUCUAAAAACCAGAAUCCAUUUGGUUCCCUUCUCUCCAGCACCCCUUGUCACUCAGUAUUAGAACCGUCUUGCAACAUUUUUAAGUCUUUAUAAAGAGAAACAGCUUUCCAGAGAGAAACCAAGGAUUCAGGAGAGGGGGAGGACUUGAGGGGCGCUUUUUUUUUUUUUAAAGGGGAACGUGUGCGCCCCCCAACACCCCCACCUCACCCCCUCCCCACGAUAUCUCUCUGCAAAGGGGGCCGCAUCCCUGCAAUACUUAAAGCUGUUUUGGAAGAGUUCCUCUUUUUCUCCAUGUGAAGUCCUUUCCGUGUGAAUCGAGCGAAUCCAAAAAAAUCAAAGCAUCUUUGAGGGGGGGAAAAAAAAAGAUCCGAACCGUCCGCGAAAGCCGUCAGCAAGAUCCACCGGGUUGCAAUAGAGUAGUUUCUCCUCCUUAAUUUGCCUGCUCCAGUUGAGAAUUCGCACCGCCCCGAUCCGGCUUCGCUCCUUCUUCUUGCAGUCCCGGGUUGGACGGUAUCACAGGUCCCUUCUCCCCCAUGCCCAGCUCGUUCUUCAGCGCCGGCCGGGUCCUGGAUUCAGGCGAGUAUCAUUGCAAAAAAUAACUGAAUUCCUUCCUUUUGUCACAGAAACGGCCACGGCGGUAGCGUGGGUGCCUGGUCCUCCCGGGAGUAGAAGGGCAGUGGGAGAAAAGCUUUGAAUCUUCAUUUUCUCCUUCCCUCUCUCUCUUUUCUGAUUUUGUUUUUGUGUUUUUGGUUUUUUUUCCUUGUGAGAAGGAGGAGGAUUGGGGUUAAAAUGGGAAGAAAUGGGGAGCCUGGACGUGAGCGUAGGAAGCAGACGAGCCUGUGCCGUGCCGGGUGGCGGCUCCGGGGGGUGAAGACCCCGUCCCCAGGGCCUCUGGGCGCUGCCCCGUCGGCGGGCAAGCAGGGACCCCCCUCUCUUUUUUUUUUCCUACUCCCCAAACCCGUUAUUUUUUUGCCUUCGUUUCCAUCGUCUUUGCCACCUGUCUGGACGCUGAGGCUUUGGGAGCGGUGGCUGCUGCGGUCGCUUUCCUCGUUGGUGUUUGUUCGCCUCUUCCGCCUUCAGGUUAAAAUAUAAAAAAUGAAAGGAAAACUAACAAGGAAAAAAAAAAAAGAAGAAAAAAAACCAACCCCGAGCUCCGCAAAGGCCAGGGCAGCCCCAACUGCGGCGGGAGGGAGGGAGCGAGGGGUAUCUCCUGCCCGACUGCCCACCAAGUUUGGGGAAUUUGCUGAUGGGGGGAAUUAGUGAGACUGGAGCGGGGAUCCGGACAUUUACCGAUUCUGUAUAAAAUGGGCAAAAGGUUGACGUGUCCCAGUCACGUGAGCGCAUAAUUCAAGCUAUUAUUUUGGCAUUUGGGGCGGGGGGGGGGGAUGUGUGUGAGAAAAAAAGUAGAGAUGGUGAUUCCCAGCCCGUCUCUGGUGGCUGCUCCCAAAAUAGCUCUUUGUAGCCCGCUGAUAUCGCAAAUGCCGUCUGCUCUCACCCCGCGCACCCCCACAUGCCCUCCCCGUCCCUCCUAGCCGCACCUCACCCCCACCUCUGGGGCCAGGAGAUGCUUUUGGAGGCGGGCGGACCCGGGGGAGCGGGUGGUGAGGGGGUCGGGAGCGCCCAGCCCCGCCAGGACUCUGGGAGUUCUGUGCCCGCCCGGUUGUUAUUUGUGUUUCGUAUUUUUGGAGGCAAUUCCAAAGCACUUCCGCUGAUUGAUCAUUAACCUGGUGAGUUAUUGCUCUUCUAAGCAAAGGUCAGGGGAAGAAAAAGGUCUAAUCCGUCAAGGCAAACCCACUGCUCACUCAGUUUCAUUUUGAUUUCUUAUCCGAGCUGGCUUCUGUUUGGCGUUUCAGGAGGUCCUGGACCCUCCAUAACUCUCCCCUCCUCCUCCGAGUGCUACCCUCCCUCGGGCUCUCCGUGGAGUCAAGGCAAACUCCUUCUCUUUAGACAGAAACUGGGCCGGGUGGCUGUGGGUGAGCAGCCCGCGGGAGGGCUGCGCUAUAGGUGCUGCGGGGCUCCCCCCCCGCUCCGGGGGGUGCAUGGCGAGCAGAGGCCGGGCAGGACACGCAAAAAAUGAUAACCCAAAAUAGAGCAAAAAAAAAAGGCAAAUCAAAACAAAGAACACCCAAGGGAAGGGGUGUGGGGGAGAAUGACUCGCUCAGUUCUGUCCGUACUGCGAGGGAAUAAAUGAGAAACAAAGAAAAACAAAGACACCCCCCCCCUUGCUGGAGCCGUUAUUUAUGCCAGCUUCUUUUCGGUUGUUUGUUUGUUUCUCUUUUUUCCCCUCCUCCCUCCCACAUCCACUCCAAAUAAAUUUUCCCUCUUUUCUCCACCUCCUCUCGGGCUGCCCACUUCUCCUCUUCCUCCCCGGGCUCUGCGUGGGAGGAACUUGCCGAGGCUCAGCCCGCGUUUGCUGAGCUCACGGCGCAGAAAGCGGGGUAGGGGGUGGGGUGGGUGUAUUUUCUUCUUCUAUUUUUUUCCCCUCCUCUCUACAAAUCUCUGUGUGUGCUCUACAGAGGGAACUGAAAAGCCCCAGUUAAGCGGGCAAGGCUGUGAUGUAAGUGGAAUAUUGCCAAAAGUGUGUAUUAAAGCGUGCGGGCAUGUAAUAAUAAUACUAAUAAAAAAUCCAGCCAUAGGCCGCCGACUGGAGAAGGUCAGGAAGCAUCCGCGGGUGAUUUAUGGACUCGGAGAUGUUGUCACAAGCAGAGUAGGGGUGCGAGGGGAACAUUUUUAUUUGAGAUUAAUAACAUCAACAUACAGAACGGAAACAGGAUUAUUAAAGCGAUUGAAUGUUUCCCACAACGAAAAUAUUUUUAAAUGAGAUUGCUUUUUCUUUCUCCUCUUCUUUCUCCCUUCCGAGCCCUUCGUGCCAAAGCUGUGGUGAUAAAUUUCGGCGUGACUUUAAAAAUGUUUACGGCUCGAUACCGUUAAUUCUGAUACCAAAUCACUGCUGUGUAAAUGGUGUCCUCGAACACUAUAAAGCAUCUCUGUCCUCUCCCUCCUUCGUGGCCGACCACAUUGGAGAAAUACGAAAAAACAUUCCGUAUCCUUAAGGCUUUCUUGCCGUUCAGGAAAACGGCCUCCUAUUUUCCCUACUGUUAUCCCAUUGUUGAACCCCGAGCUAAUUAACUGCAUAUAUUUAGUGUCUUAAACGCGUUUAAUUCUGAAAUUACUACCAGAAAUUAACCCAAACCCUUCCGAAUAUGUAUAUACUUAAAUUACGUUCAGAGUUCUCCACCAGCCGUGGACGAAUAGCCCAUGGUUGACGCCAAACCAUUUCCAUCACGAACUCCAGAAUGGGCCAAGGGUUUCCCUUGCCGGGGGGUUUCCACGGGGUGAGGUGGAAGGAAGCGCCGGGGAGCCAGAGGUUGUAUCAGAUUUACCGAAAUUAACCUGGUGUCCUCACCCCCCGCGAUGAGAAUAUUGGGUUCCCAAUGGACGGAGACCCAGUGCGAUCCCUAGAAAUACUGUAGUUGCUUGGAUGGAAGAGAAUCUCAGAGGAAAUGCGAGGGCUUUUGUUCAUUAGAGCCCAUCUCCUCACCAUUUCCACCCAAAGGUUUCUCUCUGUGAUGAAUCCCCUUGUCCAAGCUUUUCUGACCGAAGUUUCAUACUUUUUUUUUCCCCUUUCCCCCCUCCCCAGUUCUCCUUUCUCAAAGUCCGCCGCUGCCUCGUGUUUGCUGGAUCAUCCACCCGAGAACUGGUCAGCUUCCAACAGACAGCUGGAAACGGCCUGUCACGUGGCCUUGGGGUGCCAAUGUUCUGCCAUAGGGGUGUCAAGACCCUGGUAGCCAGAAAAAUCAUUUUGAGGAGUCCCAGAGAUGCAGAAGACAACGUACUACGACAGCUCCACGCUCUUUGGGGGUUACUCCUAUGGGAGUGCCAAUGGGUUCGGCUACGAGGGUCCCCAGCAGCCCUUCCAACCAGCCUCUCAUGUGGAGAACGACUACCAGCGGUCCGCCUGCUCCCUCCAGUCUCUUGGCAACACAACCCCACACACAAAAAGUAAAGACCUGAACGGGAGCUGCAUGCGUCCAAGUUUGCCGCAGGAGCACCAUCCGCCUCCCCCUGUUUCGCCGCCCCCAAACCCUGCCACCAACAGCACCAGUAGCAACAGCAAUAACCAGUCGGGGAGCGGUAAAAGUGCCCCCAGCAAAGCCAACCUCAGUGCAAACACCAGUCUCACCAAGCAGAUUUUCCCCUGGAUGAAAGAAUCAAGGCAAAACUCCAAACAGAAAAACAGCUCCCCUAGCACAGCAGAAACCUGCAGUGGCGAGAAAAGCCCUCCAGGCUCCUCGGCCUCCAAGAGAGCCCGCACAGCCUACACCAGCGCUCAGCUGGUGGAGCUGGAGAAGGAAUUCCACUUCAACCGCUACCUGUGCAGGCCCCGGCGUGUGGAGAUGGCCAACCUGCUGAACCUCAGCGAGAGGCAGAUCAAGAUCUGGUUCCAGAACAGGAGGAUGAAGUAUAAGAAAGAUCAGAAGUCAAAAGGCAUGGGGUCCUCCUCUGGAGGGCCUUCCCCAACUGGCAGCCCACCCCAGCCCAUGCAAUCCUCUGCUGGAUUUAUGAAUGCCUUGCACACCAUGAGCAGUAACUAUGAUGCCCCCUCACCGCCUUCUUUCAAUAAGCCCCACCAAAACGCCUAUGCCAUGUCAACUAACUACCAAAAUCCCAUCAAAGGCUGCCCCUCCCAACAGAAAUACGCCAACACGGCCCCUGAGUAUGACCCCCACGUCUUACAAGGGAACGGGGUAGCCUAUGGGACUCCCAGUAUGCAGGGAAGCCCCGUCUAUGUUGGAGGUAACUAUGUGGAUUCUAUGCCCACCUCUGGCCCAUCCCUUUAUGGCCUCAACCAUCUGCCACAUCACCAGGCUGCCAACAUGGACUACAAUGGGCCUCCGCAGAUGCCCCCGAGCCAGCACCAUGGACCAUGCGAGACCCACCCCACCUACACAGACCUUACCACGCACCACGCUUCUUCUCAGGGCAGAAUCCAAGAGGCGCCCAAGCUGACCCACCUGUGAUAGGAAGCAGGGACAGGCUCAAGUGAAGCAGAUGGGACCUCACCAUGGGGCAUGGGAGAGGGGAAAAGGGCAGGAUUUCCUUCAGGAACAUUUGUGUUGAGCUGUUUUCUUUUUUUCUUUGACAGGGCAAUUUCUACCAGGCUGCUGUGCUGGCUCUCAUUAUUUCUGGGUUUUACUGGGCACAAUUUCCAACCACUUCAGUAUUUACUGCCAAGAGCAGCUCUCUCUCUGAAGAGUGUUUCAACACAAAUGCUUCUGAAAUGGGUUUGGGGUAGUUUUGUGAGAAUCUGGUAGAUUUUUAUCAGCAUCAUCCUUCCUUUAUAAGCCAAGUAUGGAUCAUCACAAAUAAAUCUUGGACACUGGAACCGAGAAUAGUCAGCCAGCCAAGUCUUGCAGUUGGUGUUUCUGCAUCUAUGUAACCACGCACCCGUGUGUGCAUAUGCAAUCGAAAGAGAUUCGCAAGGAAACUACCCUCCUCUCCAAGCCCUUCUCAAGAGGAACCUCGUGCUUUUCUUUCAGCCUGCAGAGGAAGGGCAGCCUUUUUUGACAAGGAACUUCCCACCAGUUCCCACAUAAACUGCAAAUAUACAAACCUGCCAACACGGUGGAUUCACAUUCUUCCUCUCCGGCCCCACCUCCCUUUUCAAAAAUAAUAAUUUAAAAAAUUAUAAGAAGAGAGGUCUAAGAAUCGCAAAAGGUUUGGGAACUGAGAUUUUCAAAUACUUAAGCUGCCCCCCCCGAACAACAACAGCCCAAAGAGAGGAAGAAAGAGUUGACAGGUCUGAAUAUUUUCCCACUUUCGCCUCUGAUGACGUGAGUCUCCAUUCGAUGAUGCCAGGUUUUUUUGUUUUGGGAGUAUUUUUCUUAGGGUUUGUUAACAGAAAAGCAAUCUUAAGACUUAGAAGUCCUACGCUUCUUUCCUCUUCUUCUCUUGACCUUACGUGAAAACAGGGUAUAUUUGAACAAAUGGAAUGUCCUUCAAUCGAAGCAGAAGUGAAUGGAUCUCUAGUAUUUGCUAAUGCUUUCUUGUCUGGACAUCUUUGUUGCACUUAGAGUUUACAUAUAAUGGGUAUAAAAACAACUUUGAAGGGUGUUCGUCCAACUCAGUCGAGACGCCCUUCAAUAGGUGUGUGUUCUGGUGAACAUUCAUAUAUAUUUAUUGGUUAUAGCCAGUUUAAAAUAUUUUCCUUUUUUUUUGUAUUAUUUAUCCCCAAUAUUAUGUAUUUAUAUGAGGAAAAAAAAGAAUCAAAAUGUACUUUUUUAGUAUUUACUUGUUAUAAAGGACAUUGUGUUUCCUUGUCAUUGUACAACAAGCUUAUUUUAGUUAUUGUAAUUUAGGAAGACCAGUAGUUUUAUGUUACCUUCGUACUUAUGAAUAAUGUAAUUAGUUCUACUGGAGGCAUGAGAGCAGAACCAGACAGUAAUUGUAUAGUCCUGAAUUAGAACUAUAGCGAAUCCCUCCCUCUCACCACACUCCUCCUCUUUGGGGAGAUUUCUUUGUUCUUACAGUAGUUAUUUUAUUUCCUCGCUUAAGAGUUGUCUGUUGAACAAUUCUUGAAUAAACUUUCUGUUAUCAAUUUUAUCUUGUCCGAUCAGUCGGAUUUAGAGCCAAAAAUAGAUAAUUAGUGGAUGAAAACGACGGAAGGGAGGCAGGGAAGGGACCCCUCGAUGAGUCCAGGCAGCGGGGUUCCCGUCUGCGCGCUCAGUUUGGGGUGAAACCGCGGGGGUUCGGGCGCGAAGCGGUCCCGCCACCCCCUGCGCGGCCCCUGCGCGGCCUUUGCGCGGUCCCGGCCCGCGCCC